AUGCACGAGGGAGGCUACUAUGUCCAUGAGGCGUGUGUUGGUUAUCUGGAGAUUUGAAUCAUUUAAUUAACAUAAUAAUUCUCCAACUUACGCUCAUGCAGUGGAUAUGCCUCCUCUUCUCCUCUGCAGUCUCCCAGCUAGAGGGUCCCCCAAACCUCCACAGUAGUUUUUGAGUUCAUGUGGGGGGGGGGCUCAGGUAGGAGCAAAGGAAGAGGAAAUCCUGUUAUAUGAACAGAAAUCUGUUUGUGCAAUGUUGGAUUUCAUCCAAUGAAAAUAAAAUGUAAAGAUGAUUUUUUUUAAAAAAAGAAAAGAACACCUAUGUGGUUUUGAUACAAUGUUGAAAUGUUUAUUUUGAUGAAGAGAAUUUUUUUUUUUUUUUACAAAUAAUACCAAAAAACAGCUGCAUUAACCAGGGAUUACAACAGGAACUGGAGAUUCCUCUCCCUUUAUAUAAAGAUUGAGAGAAUCAUUUAUCAUUCUGUUCUCCAUGCUGUUUGUACUUGUUCAGUCUGUCAUGGAAGGCUUGGAGAAUAUACUAGUCAGUAAGCUUCUUGACAUUAAUUUGAUUGUCUCUCUUCGUUAAGAGCAUGACAGCAACAAGAAGUUCCUGACUCCACCCAGAUACAACUAGGUUCAGGGCCAGGAAGUGACUAAGUUAGAAUAUGCACAUGGAAUUCUUUUGAAAUAAGGAUUGUGGAGAGUAAACAAUCUUUUAACAUCCCUGCAGCUUGGUCAAAGCACUUCAAAUCUUUUAUCUGGUUGUAAUCCACUUUUGCAUCUGAAGAGGUUGGUAUGGUAACCUGUUGUAUACUAAUAAAUAAUAGAAGCACAUGAUGUAUUGAAAAUUAUUUGGUCUGAAAAGGUGCUGCUGGAUUUAUAUGGAAUCUAUUUAUACAGCAUCUGAACAUAUUAAAAUAGUUACUGUAUGUGCAAUGGCCAUGAACUGACUUAAAUUCAAGUGCAGCAGUAUAACAAGACUGCAUGCCUGAAAGAAAUCCUCGAUUUAGUCGCAUAUACAUAAUUAUUAGGGACGCGGGUGGCGCUGUGGGUUAAACUACAGAGCCUAGGACUUGUUGAUCAGAAGGUCGGCGGUUCGAAUCCCUGCGACGGGGUGAGCUCCCGUUGCUUGGUCCCUGCUCCUGACCUUAAAAAUUAACAAUCCAUGCUACACUCACUAAAGCAAAGACUUUAACUUGUUUCUCUACUUUAGUGUGUGUAGCAUGGAUUGUUAAUUUUUAAGGUCACCAUAUCAGUCAAGUUUAAAAGUUUUCUUGUGGGCAAGUUGUCAGAUAUUUGUCUGUAAAAUUCCCCCCAGCAUUAAAUUAAAUAGAGCUGCAAUCCAAACUCCACUUACCUUGGAGUAAGCUCUAUUGAAUGCUGCUUGCCUUACUUCGUAGUUAACAUCAGGGCUUUUUUCCAGCCAGAGCUCACUGGAGCUCAGCUCCAGCAACUCUCAGCUGGGCACCACUUCCACCUCUUUUUCUAGACAAAUAGCACUGGUUAACGUGGUUAGGAUUGAGCUGUAAUUCUUUAAUGCCAAUGAGAUUCCUGAAUUGAGAUCUCCAUUCAACUGACCAACCAAUGCAUUCAGAAUCCAGGGUUAUACUGGGGACUGUGAGGAGAAUCUUUGAAUUUGGUUUAUGUGGUAAAGAAGCAACAACAAUAAUAACAGCCUUUAUAUAACACUUUUAGAUGUAAAAACAUUUCACAUGCAUCUUCCAACUGCAACGUUUACCACAACCCUGUAAGGUAAGUUAGGACUGUUAUUCCCCCAUAUUGCAGAUUGGAGGGCUGGGGCUGGGGGUGGAGUAAGGGAGAGAAACUGAGGCUGAAAGAGACAAACCUGCCUUAGCUCAUCAGUCUCUUGGCCAUUAUAGCGCUCUCUCCUAGACAUCUGUACACUAAAGCCUAUAUUUUCCAGACAAAUUCCAUUUUGAUUCUAGUCAGAUGGGACAAGAGCAUAAGAUUAUUGUACUUCAAGACAGAAGCCUCUCUUUGUACUUUGGCACAAAAAAGUACAAAGUAGCUUGUCUUUGUCAAUGCUAGAAAUAUUUUUAAUGUAUUUUCCCCACAUCCCUCUGGCUGUGCUGCAAACCUAUAUCUAUUCCUCUCACAGAGCUACAAUUCCCAGGUUCCUGGGACGAGGGAUUGACUGUUAAACUACUCUGAGAGUUAUAACACUGUGGGAAUAGGGUAUCCUAACAACACCCAGCCCCCUUAACAAACUACAGUUCCCAGGAAUCUUUGGUGGGAAGAUGUGACUGCUUAAAGUGGUAUGAUACCACUUUGAAUGUCUCACGCAUAUGGCACUUGUUUCUAGUUUCAUCCUGAGCCGUUUCUUGGUCAUGCUAAAUCACGCAAAACCUGUGGCUCUCCAAAUGUCUAGCUCCCAUCAGCUUCAGACAACUUGGCCAAUGGCCACAGAUGAUGGGAGAUGUAACCCUAACAAAACAACAACAAAACAACCUAUGGAAUAGAUACCAUUACACGGAUGGACCUUAUGCAUGAACUGACUAUAGAAUGAUCUGAUCCACUGGGUCUUCUGCUUUGUUUGUUUGUUUGUUUGUUAAAUGAAUUACUUACUUUAUGAAUUACUUCUGUGGAAAUUUACAAUUUGAGACUAUGAAUAGUACUUAUCUUAGAAAAUACUAUGAAUAGUAUUUAUCUUAGAACACAGCCGGUUAAGUCUCAUGUGUUUAUUUAGGGAAAUGUAACCCAGCAACAGCUGGAGAGGCACAGGCAGGGCUUUUUUUUAGCUAGAACUCUCUGAAACUCAGUUCCAGCACCUCUCAAGUGGGCACCAUUGCCAUUAUAAGAGAACGAGGGAGGCAUUCAGGGUGAGUUCCAGCGCCUCUUUUUCUAGAAAAAUAGCACUGAACAGGUUCCCUUUCCCUGUGCUAAAGUGUUUGAGAACUGUAGGUAGAUAGAUGAGUUUGCCUUACAUUGACUGGUAUUGGAUGGCCACAUUUGUUUAGAUGUUCGUAUACAAUAGCUGAUCUGUCAUACGAGUUUCACAUAAAAACUCAUAAAACAGUUACAUUUAUGGCAUGUGGAACAUGAUCAUACAAAUUAUCCUUGCCUCCUUCUGAUGUAUAUUAAUUCUGCUUAAGUCACUGUGGCCCAACUCUCAUCUCACCUCCAUCCAAGUACUUUGGAAAACUAUGUUAUGGACUAGUUGCUCUCUGUUAAAAAUACCAGCAUUUUCAUAUUGCUUAAUCUUUUCAGACAGUCUGGCAAUCUAUGUGUCACAAGCCACAAGUGUGCUCAAAGGAUGUCAAGGCUGUAUAUAUAGAAAAAUAGAAAAUGCAAAAAUAUUUUUUAAAAAACAUUUUUUUAAAAAAGGUGGCAACAUGGGUCAUGAAAAUCCUUGUCUAGUCUUCAUGGAUUUGCCCUAUGCAGGGCUUAUGCCAGCCAGACUUUGUGUGCAUCUCCAAAGUAGCAAUGCAGUUGUACUUUCAUAAAUGCUGCAUCAGCACAACCAUUAAAAUAAAAAUAUUAAUCAAUAGGCUCUUCAUCUCAUGAGCUAUAAUAUACAUUAAUACGAGAAUGGUGGUUUCCAAUACUUACCUAAAUGCAUUGCCAGGAAUUACAGAGCCAAGGUAUUGAUUGAUCUGUGUGACUCAUGUUUUCAUAAUGAUUUCACAAUUAUAGGCCUCUGGGCAAACCAGGACCGGAUUAACCACUUUAGUAAGUAUGCUAUGGAAGAAGAGUCCCAGCUAUUAAACAGGGGGCCCCACUGUUUUUUUACUAGCUUGCAUUCUCAUCAAUGUAAUGGGCUGGCUUAAAAUACUCACAACUAAAGGAAAUACAUUGUGGACCACACGAUCCAAAUAGCCUACAAUAUAAGCAUGUAAUGCACAAUCAUUGCUCUGUGGAUUCAUUAUUAGAGUCCAGGUCACCAAACUUGGAUUGGAGGGCAGAGGCAAAGCUCAGCAUUCUGGUGCUAGGGCAAACAACAUGAAAGAUGCCCCUAAGCCAAUUCCAUAUGUAUUUUAUGACAUAGAAAAUUAUGAACAAUUGGAAUAAAAUGACAAGUAUGUUUCCAAAUUUGGAUGAGACUCCAUUAGUGAAUAUUUAUGGAUUAUUUUCAGGAGUUCUAAACUUGUUGCCAACUUAGAGAAUUUACAAUGCCUAGUACCUGAAGUCUUAAAUUUCUGAUGAAAUUUCUGCAGGAUUUAACUCAUUUUGUAUUUUAGCACCAAAUCCCAUAAUCUCAUCUAGCACAUUAUUAAAAUAAAUGUUAUUUAUGUAAAUAAUGUAUAUGACAUGAUUUUGGUGAAUCAGGAAUCUUGAAUCAGGUCAAGGACCCCUCUCUCCCCACCCUAGUUCUGGUCCAACUGGAGGGAGUUCCCACGUGGCUAUACAUCCAGUAGACUUUCCAGCAUGGAGAUAAGGCUUACAGUGCUUUUCACUGUGCACCUAACAUAGUACAUGUGGGAUCAGAGAGCCACAAGUGGAAUGACUGUCCAGAUGGAUGCAGAGAAGAGAACAAACCAUAUAGAUCAGAAAGUUACAUUUGAAACAGCCUGAAGAUGUUUGUGGACCAUUUCUCAACACACAUGUGUGAGAUGUGAAUUGCUAUGUAUCCCAAAGGUAUGCAUUAUCUGGUAAUUUUCCCUGCCUACAUCAAAGGCCCAGUAAAUGCUGCAUUACCUAAGCACUAUUGGUGUGACUACCCCAUGCCUCGUCCUGAGCAAUGUAUGAGAUGAAGAUGCUUGGGAGAGACAGAUGAUGGAGAAAAAUUGUGCAGAAGUGCUGCUGCCUCCAAGAGUAGCACGGGCACUUUCCACAUGUCAUACUACUCUGGUUUAGAAAUCUGGUUGUAAGGAGAUGAUGCAGGAGAUGUGAGGUAAAUCCUCUCACAACUAUCUUCUCACAUCAUAUUUCAACCUAGAAGAAAGGAAAUGUUUUACUGCCCCAACAUAUUUUGUUUGAGUUAGAAUUCUUCUUCAGGGGAAAUGUGUUACAUUUUAUAAUAAAAUCAAAACAAUUUAACAAGGAUUACUUAGCACCUUUCAGAUGACAGUGGUGGUAGGGACAAUAAAGUAUCACUUGGUCCUUUGAGGACACAGAUUCUGGCCUGGCUCCUCACUCUGAAGAAUGUGCAUUUAGGAAGAAGAGUAAGCUGCUCACUAACUCCAGUGCUUCCCCACUUUCUGGCUGCUUUUCUUAGAGAUGACCUUUCUGCCUGGCUGUGCCUCCACUCCAGUCUCUCAGAUCUUACACAGGGCUCUGAAAGCCAUAUAAAGACUUGCCAAAUUAUAGCUCAUGUCAUAUCUGAAACAGUUCUGAAACUCAAAGUUAACAGCUACUGAAAGCAACCUGAAGUAAACCCCAGAUUCCAAAGCUCCUGCCUUAGAUUCAUUGCUCUGGAAGCUUCAGAGGAAUGAGAGAGGUCUUUGAUUUCUUUUUGCAUUUUCUUAAAGAUAGCUGGUGAGAGAAAGAUAUCGAUCCUUCCAUCUUGAAGAUGUCCUGAGCUUAUACUUGGCAGCUUCUACUUCAAAACAUAAAGGCAAGUUUCUUAGGCACUGCUACAGAAUGGGAUAUUCUGGCCAUUGGCACUGUUCAUUCAUUUGUCUUGUUCAUUUCAUAAAACAUAUACUUGCUGUUUUAUAGGUGACUGCAUCUCAUAAUUAACUUGUUUUUCUUAGCUUUCCUAGAGAAAGCUCAGGGUCUUUCCAAAGGUCUAAGGCAAGCUUCCUCAACCUCGGCCCUCCAGAUAUUUUUGGCCUACAACUCCCAUGAUCCCUAGCUAGCAGGACCAGUGGUCAAGGAUGAUGGAAACUGUAGUCUCAAAACAUCUGGAGUGCCAAGGUUGAGGAAGCCUGGUCUAAGGGUUUUGAAAAUAAACAUGGCGCGGGGGAAACAAACCUAAGAGAGUUUCCAGCAGCCUUUUCUGCUUAAGGGUUUGAUUGGUUGGAAAAGAGGCAUCAUAGAUCUCAUAUAUAGAAUCCCUGGGACACAGGGGGAAACCAGUUCUCAAUGCAUCCUAUUUCAAUCAAUUGCAGUGUUGGCCCUUUGGGUCUCAAAUUUCAGCUGUGCACUGUGUGAUGCCAAAACCCCCUCCCCCUGCCUCUCACCUUCCAUUCUACAUCAUAGAAUGUGGAGCACCCACAGCUCCACCCCUAAACUUGCCUCUGUCAACUGGCAUGCUCAAGUAGUGGUGAUCUCAUGGGCUCAGCUCAAAAUGUGAUUAUGGGAACUCUUGUGUUUGUCAUCAUAAGACACAUCUUCCAUUACUAUACGUAACAAUGAUGUGGUAAACUCUGGGAAGCUUUGAAGGUAUGCCUGUACUUCACUUCUUGUUUUCCAUGGAAGGUUGCUGGUUUCCAGAUAUGUAUAACUGGGGUGGAUGACUCUGUCAAUUUUGGUUUCUCCGUCUUUCUUUCUUUCUUUCUUUCAUUUGCUUACUUGCUUUGGGAAAGAGGCAAGUGUGUCCUGGAAGAGAUGCUGUGGGCCUGAUCUCUGUGGUGGCACUGCUACAGAUGCCCAGAGCUACUGACACAGCAAGAAUCAAGUGACAGCAGGGCACAGUUUUAGGGCCAAUUCUGUAAGGCACAUUUGCCUCGUUCCCAUGCUCACACUCUCAGUGCUGCUUCCACCACUCCUACACAUUGUCCAUUCUCUGUAGCCCCUCUUGGCUCCCUUUUGGUUUCCCACUAUGGCUCACCAUAUACCACUGCAUAUGUAGAUCCAGCCUGAAACUCUCUAGAAUUCUAACCAAAGUUCACUUGUGGAAGCAAUGCCAUCAAACAAUUGUGCAUGCAGAGCUGCGGCAGUAAAUCAAACAGGCUCCCCCCAGAACGACAGGUAUUCCUUCCAGUACCAAGAUGUGCUUCAGUCAAUUUAACACCCUUUAUUGAUUUUAUCAACUUUUUCCUUUAGCAGCAAAUAAAAAUUUUAACACCCCCCUCCCAUGCAGAUUAGAUUUUGGAACAGAAUUAAUCUGAUUGCACAAGGAAAAGGAGUCAAUUUAGCCAGUGUGAAUAUGAGGUUUUAAAGGUCUUUUUUUUUCUUGACUAAAGGUACAGCAUUAAAUUCCAUCCGUAAUCUGAAGACGUAACCCCCAUACAAAGGGUAUCCAGUGUUUUCUCUUAUAAAAGGAAGCUAGACACAAGCCUAAAGUGAUGAAAUAUUGAUCUCUGGGGGUACAACCACAGAGCCCUCCAAUCACUGGAUAAUAUGAUUGAAUUGAAAUUGAAUUUUCUCUCAGAUUGAAACUGAAUGGCACUUCUACCUACCCCAGAGUAGUUUGAAUUAAUCUCUGGGUCACCUAACAUGAUAUCCCUUUUGUUUGUUUGUUUUUUUCCUUAGCUGUUCUGUGAACAACUAGCAACUGAGCUAGUGGCUUUGAGACACGACUGGAAAGCAAGGAGCAAUAAGCAGUACUGUAUAUUUAAGAGGUGGGAAAUGCUUACCUACAUAUGGAUAAAAUCAGCUCAUUUCAUCACAGUUUAGAUGGUCUAGGAAACAUCAAAUUCUCAAUGGUUUUCAUUGGCUUUUUACUGGAAGGACCCCUGUGCUUUUAACUUGUGCAUUCUGUCUACUAAGAAAAAUGUCACCUGAUGGAUUUCUGCCCUCCAUAUAGCUGCUAGAGACACAAGAAUGAAGGUGCUUUGGGAUUUUGUUUGGCCUGCAUUUGUAAGCAAAUUGGCCAGAUUUAAGCUGUCCAGAGUAAUAUGCAGAUUGGAACACAAUUACCAUUCAGUUUUCACACUUCUCUGAAUUUUGCAUCUCAAAAAAGUGUCAAAAUGCAUUUGAAAUGCAGGUUUUAAAUUACAAAUUUAAAGUACAAAUAUGUGUUUCUUAGGGUUCAACGUGUGCAAAAAUGCACCCUCCACAGACAACUUGAAAAUUACGGAGAGUCUUAAUUUUUCUGCCUCCUUUAGCAAUUGUAAUGUGUUGAACCAGCUGCUGUAUGAUUCUUAAUGGCAUUUUUGCAGACGCACUGUGGACCACAUGAACUUGCAGACCUCUGCUGGUCCACAAAACACAGUUUGGGAACCCCUGUGUUAGGGUAAAUUUUUUAAUGCAAUUCUUUUUUUUAUUCCAUAAUGAUAUGGAAACAGGACAGAAUGUAUCUGUGAUUGAACAGAUGUGAAACAGGCACAGCCUGAAAAUUGUCUCAUCCAUCUCUAUUAAAUAAUCGUGUCAAUAAAAACUGCACCUGUGGUGCCGCCUUAUUUCUAUGUGUCCCCCCCCCCUGCAAAAACCCUCUGCUCAGAACCCACCCUUUGUGUGUGUGUUUUUGGCUUAGUCCUCAUCUUUUAUUGAAAGAAAUCCUUAGCACAUGAAGCUGAAUUUUCCUCAGAUUUAUCCCUGGUUUCUUUUGUCAUGCCUCUCCUCUGCCUUCUCCUCUGCCGCUGUCAAAGCAAAUAUUGCAAUAGGGGUGUGCGCACACCCCUGACACAGAUCCAGCCCUGAGCCAUUUGUGAGGAUGGGACUGGUGGUUGUGAAGGAGCAGCCACUCCUUUAUCACAGCAGGUUGGGGGAGCGACAUUUGGUGUCACUCCUGAGCCCACUCACCUCCCGCUAAAAUAAGGCUCAUCCACACCUUUGUUUGCCCUGCCACUUUCCCCCAGGAAAACCUGCGGCUUAGAGCUGAAGCAGAACAAACGGCAAUUGAGUUUUCCUCAGAUCAUUGAUUGUUCCAAAAAGCAAUGACAAACCUAGACAGCAUCUUAAAAAGCAGAGUCAUCACCUUGCCAACAAAGGUCCGUAUAGUUAAAGCUAUGGUUUUCCCAGUAGUGAUGUAUGGAAGUGAGAGCUGGACCAUAAAGAAGGCUGAUCACCAAAGAAUUGAUGCUUUUGAAUUCUGGUGCUGGAGGAGACUCUUGAGAGUCCCAUGGACUGCAAGAAGAUCAUACCUAUCCAUUCUGAAGGAAAUCAGCCCUGAGUGCUCACUGGAAGGACAGAUCCUGAAGCUGAGGCUCCAGUACUUUGGCCACCUCAUGAGAAGAGAAGACUCCCUGGAAAAGACCCUGAUGUUGGGAAAGAUGGAGGGCACAAGGAGAAGGGGAUGACAGAGGACGAGAUGGUUGGACAGUGUUCUUGAAGCUACCAGCAUGAGUCUGACCAAACUGCAGGAGGCAGUGGAAGACAGGAGUGCCUGGCGUGCUCUGGUCCAUGGGGUCACGAAGAGUUGGACACGACUAAACAACUAAACAACAACAAGUCCUAAAGAGCAGGUUUUCCAGGGGAAAGUGACAGUGCAAGGGCAAAACCUCUCAGACCCAUGCCUAAAAAGCAUGGAACAAGCAGAGAACUGUUUUGACCCAUGCUUUCUAGGCAUGGAACAAGCGGAAGCAUGGAUGGGCUAUAAGUCUUGCGCAUGGCCAGAGCUUCCUCCCCACCAGUGCCAAAUUUACAUAUAAGCUAAACAAGCUACAGCUUAGGGCCCCACUCUCUUGGGGGACCCCCAAAAAAUUAAAGGAAAAAACCCUGGAUGUACAUUUCCAAAAUAUAAGACAAAAAACCAAAUAAAAUUAAACCUACAUACAGCAACACCAUUUAGGUCCAUAAGUUACCAUAUAGUAUAUAUUCAACACAAAAAAACAGUGACAAUUUGUUGUUGACAAGGGACAGCUGGACAUACAAAGACCCCCAUUACCUUCAGUAGCUUAGGGCCUCAUCAAACUAAAUCCGGCUCUCUCCCCAUCCCCAUCAUAUUAAACACAUUGAACAUUUUCUUGUUUCCAAAGCAUGGCCAGGAGUGGGGCAGAAGAAGGAGAUGCUGUGUUGCCUUCCACUUCUCUUAACCACAAGGAGCAGGAGGCUUUCAGGGCACUUACCAGGUUGCAAAAUACGAGCUCCCUGUAUUAAUCAUUUCAAAGGUUUCAUUGACUAUUCACUACUGAGCUGCUCCAUAUCACUAACAUAUGCCUGCUGUGGCCUUAGCAUAUACAAAUUUUGCAAUUGAUCAGCACAUACCAAUCAAUAUUGCAAAAAAAUGAUAGUUUAUAACAUAUAAGGAAAAAGCAAGAAUAAUUAUAGAUAAUGUCAAUCAUUCCAGAGCUACUUUAUUCUUUAAUUGUUUAGAUAACAGACUCAUACCUUUUCCCCCAAGUGCAAAAAAAGACCAUUGCAUUUCAGGAAUGUUGUCAUAUUACCACAUUUUUUAAGCAUCUCGAAUGACCCAUUCAAACUGAAGGAGAAAAAAACAAAAUGGCAUCAGUAAGGAGACAGACAUGUAUCAUCCCACCUCUUCAACAUCCAGGGUAUACUAAUAAAAAGAAAUUAUGAAAAGGGCAAUAGUAGCAGAAACCUACUUGAAAGCUGUGUCAUCUGCUUGCUAAUUCAGACCAGGAGUGACCUCAAACAAUCAAGGACCCCGGUGGCAUUGCUGCCCUCUUUGUUUUCCCUGAGGGAAUCCUUUACCAUAUAUUAACCAAAUAGCUGAAACAUUUUCCCACCGCGCACAGAUGUACUCCUUCAGUGACUCCUCCUCACGAGGUGAGUGUGGUCAUGAUUUUCUUCUUUGGUUCCUUCUUUGUAUAAACUGAUCCAUUUCACGUGAUGGAAUGUGAGGUCUUUGUCCCUCUCUGGUAUAGAAAAUUAAAGUGAUGGUUGUGCUAAGUCUUUGUGCUAAGACUUUACUGUUUGACUAGUUUGACUAGACUUGCUCUCCUGAUUAUUGAUCCUCCUUUUUGUUCUUUUUUAUACAAAUAUCAAAUGGGGGAAUCUGUAGAGGGUGGAAUACUGGGAGCACCGAGAGCUAGUUUGGCCUCUGGGAAGGUCCAGGAAGGGACAGGGGAGACCUCUAUGCCCUACACACUCUGUGCAUAGAAAUUAAUAAAGUGACAUUUUGUGGGCUCAUAGCGAAAAUGGAGCUAACAUGGGAUUCAUUAAACUAGGUUUAAAAAUUAAUUAUAGCAGCCUUUAAAAAGAGAAUGCAAAUGUAAAAUUACCGUAAUUUAAAGCUGUAAUUUUGGGAAACCUUAGGGUUCCAAUCCUAAUUGCACUUGCUAAGAAGUAAGCUGCAGUGAACACAUUGAUACUUAUUUAAAAGUGAACAUGCAUACGGUUGCACACACUGAACUCAGUGAAAUUUAUUUCUGAGUAAACUUGUUUGGAAUUAACCUAUAACUGCCUAUUUUUUACAGGAAAGCAGAAAAUAGGAAAUCAGAGGUGAAAAGGGAGUUACCUAUAGUACUAUGAAAAUAUGUUGUUCUAUAGCAACGUUUGGUUAAUGCCAAUCUCUUAAAAUAGUUAUCAACUUUUGAAAUAUAAAUAUAAACCAUUACUGGGAAUGUCCUAUGGUUAUAUAUAUAUAUAUAUAUAUAUACACACACACACACACAUAUAUAUAUAUAUAUAUAUAUAUAUAUACAUAUAUAUAUAUAUAUAUAUAUAUAUAUAUAUAUUAAAAAGUACAUGGUUUUCUUUCUGGCAUUGUGGUUUUAAAAACAUCAAUCACUAAGAAACUUGUUGAGUGAGGAAAGAAAUACAAUAAAUCACUCACGAGCAGAUAUGAUAAAGCUAAAAUCUUUCAUAGCUGCUGUUCACAGAAAACUAAGGGAGAAGAAAACUGCAUGACUGCUCCAGCUGUCAAGAUGGUGGCUUCUGUAGGCAGAGCACUCUUACACCUCUGCUUAGGGCAGGGAUGGGAUGAAGCGCCUCUGCCCCAGCAGCUGAAUGUGGUCACCUGUGCCUCUCUACCUGGGCUUUGGGACGCUCCCUUGGCUCUGCUGCUCACCUUCCCUGAGCCAGUCUGUCUUUCAGUAAUUGUGCCAGGCUGGAAUGUGUCACUGUAUUGUGAUCAUGUUUCUGGCUUUUCUGUAUGGAGGAUGGAGGGGUGUAUGUGUGUAAAUAUCUGACUUUUGCAUAACAAGAACACAGUCUGCUGUUUAAAGGUAAUAGUUAAAUCCAUUAUGCCAUCCACUUUUGUAUCUCCUCCCCUCACCAGUGGGAUGUGACGCCCAGAAGGUGGUCCAAAAGAGAAUAUGGCCCUCAGGAUGAAAAAAGAUUCUCCCCACUAGACUGUUUUAGCUUAGGGCUUCUCCCACUUUUAAAUGAAGAGGUGGCUGGUGCCAUCUUUCAAGCAGUUGGUCUGCAAUUCAUGCCAUUAUCCUUAGCUCCCCUCUCCCCCCCCCCGCAGUCCUCCAAAUUUAGCGAUAAUCUCCUCACAACCAUGCCUCUGGGAGUCCUUGGAGCUCUUCCACCUCUUUCAUGCAGCCUUGCAUGCAUGUAUUCCUUAUCUAUGCAUCUCCCAUACCUCCUAUACCUAUUCCCUCCCCACUACUGUGCUUUAGACCAAAAGCUUCCAUAUACAUUAUGGCACUCAAUAAAUAAUAACAACAUGCAAAAGAAAAUCCCGAAGACUACAUGGUCUUAUACUGGUCUAUUGCAACAAUUGGCUUAUAUAGUUGCUUCACACAUUACCUGUUUAAUUGAAACAUAUAGAGACAGUUAGCAUGUAAACCAUAUGGCACCAUAAAAUCAGGUCCUAGCAAACUGAGGUUCCAUCAAAUUCAAGAGAUACACACGCUAUGUGGAUCUACAUUGUUGCAUCCUCCACGUGGACCAACUGUUGGCACACAAAAUAUUUCCCAGCAGAUUCUACAUAGCUAACAGAACAUGUAAACAUACUGUCAAAGAUGAAAAGGAAGUAAAAGAGCAUGCUUUUUUAAAAAAUGAGAACAGUAUCAUAACCUGAAACCCAUCAUACACAUUUCAACAUCAUGACCUAGUCCUUUUUUAAAAAAGGACAAAGAGAAAACAAGACAGUCACUUAAAAUCCUUGAGCUACAAUAAUAGUCCUAAAUUGUGCCUUGGGAAAGGGCACCCUCUCUGCAAGCUAUUCAUUUUAAUACUUCUAAGAUGCCUGAGAAAUGCAGGUGUUCCUUGAAACAAGACUGAGAUCUGGGCUGCAGGCCAAAGUGGGAUUGUCCACUGAGAAAGAGCUAGAAGCACCAUACCGGGAAUGAAACUUACACGGAACAUCGACCAUGUAGAAAAGCUUAUCCAGUUCAAAACCACCCAGGUUUGCUAUCGCAGCAAGCUUUAGCACACGAUCAUGGUUUAAUAUUUUUAUAUCCAUUAAAUAACCCUUUAUUUCUUGUCACAGUUGAACCUUAAAUACACACACCUCCAUUCACUCUCAUUCUUUUCUAGUCCCUCUGUUGACUUGGUUAAGGGAAGGUGACAGUUCACUGAUAUUAUGCUUUCAGUGUGUCAGAUUCCUUUGUUUCAGGGCCCACCCAUUUUCUUGCUUGGCUCAAAUUUUGAUCAGCUUUUGCACCUAUUCAUUCCUUCGUUUCUGAAAGCUUCUCACAUUGUUCUGUGGCUGUGCCAUAAGUUUCUUGUGAAAAUCCAGUCUUGCCAGUUGCAUGGAAAAUGUGAAAAUGUUGCACGGAAAUGUUGCCAGUUGUACGGAAAGUGUUUUGGUCCACUUGGUAAACUGAUUUUGGAAGGCCUCAUGAACAGCUUUCUUUGAAUUUUUCACAGAUCCACAGGAAUCCUCCCACCUCCUCCCUUCCUUUCCACACUCCCCUCCCCAUGGUUAGUUUUUCAUUAGAGUCAGUUACACUCAGAAAAAAAUGGACUAAGCACAACCCAAAAGUAAACAAAGAAGCAGAAGUUUGCUGAAGAGGUUCCAGGGCAAAAAUAAAAAGUUUACAAGCAGGGAACCACUGAACAACAAUAGUCAGGAUUUUGCCAGCAAGUGUGGUUCAGCCCUUAGUUUCCUGUCCUGAAUUUCCUAUUAGAGGUUCAUGAUUUCAAGUACUGUGGAAGACAGGGUAAUACCCCUGCCAGGUAUUGUGAAGAAGUGAUGCCAAUCAAGGCUGGUCUAAGACAUUUUUCUGCCUUAGGGGCAGCAAGAAAUGGUGCCCCCUUUCAAGACAAGGUGCAUAGUAUCCAAAGCAAGCCAAGUUAAAUUGGCACUUGGAACAGAAAAGCUCACAGGAAUAAAAAUACAGCAAUAAUAGUCACCACUCCUGAUCUCAUAUUGGAUUGUGGGAAAAUACUUUGCAUUCUGGGGUUGAAGCCCCAGCCGCCACCUUCCCAUUGGGCAAAUGGGUGCCUCAUGCACAGUGCGGCUUGGAAGAGGGGAGCUGAAUGCAUGCACAGUAGUUGCAAGCUGUUCCACCCACUUUCCUCUUUUGAGGGGUUGCACCUACCCACUCUUUGUGUUUCAUAGUGUGGCUACUUUGGUUGCCUUUUGGGCCAAGUAGGAAUUUCUAGCCAGCCAGGUAACACCUGGAAGACUGGUCCUUUUAGCUGCUCUACACUUCAUGGGACAGAAUGAUGGUUUGUUAAAGAGGUUGAAUGGUUUAAAUGGUCACUUAGGCAGGUAGAUGCAGGAGAGGAAACAGGCAGAUCACCUUUAGGGGCGGUGAGUGGCUAAUCUUGUAACUGAGGGUUAUAAGAUCUGUGGCAGGAUUUGGGCCACUAUUUGGGGACAACGUGCCACAUCCACUCAGAGCUUUGAGGCCCUGGGAAGUGAUGAAGCAGGAAAGCCUCUCUACUCACCUUCAGGGUGAAGUUGGAGUUGGGGGCAAGAGGACUUGCCUCCCCUUAUCCCAGUAGAGGCGGCUCUUAUCCCAAGAGAAACCCUACAGCUGCAGGCAUUUCCCUGAAAUUUGUUUAUUUAGCUCCUGCACUGAUAGCUUUCCCUCUGCAGAUUCUGGUCCUGUUUGAAUUUAUUAAUAAUGUGGCCUAUAGUUCAACUGGUGUCAGAGUUUUUAUUUUAGCCCUUGGCUACAAAUUCAGUAAUGAACACUUUCUUGCUCUUCCAUGACACCCAAAUCAUCUGAUUGAUAUGGCUGCCUUAUUCUGCAUAAAUGGUAGGGCUGGCCCUGCGGCCGGCCAGAUGCAGCAGCUGUGGCCUGGAGAAGGGUCCAAUAGAGUAUAAGGCAGCUGACUAUGUUUACAUGCUCCCACCCACAAGGGGGGAAUUUGGGGUUAUAGGCAGGCUGGAAACCGAUCAGGUCAGGGAAACUGGAUUGCUGAACAGUCAAAAAGUAAGGACUACUUACAAAUUGAAAAUUCUCAGACUAUAACAUUAGAAGAAUGCCAUCUGUCUUAUUCUCCCUUUAAAUUUCUGUUAAGCUGACCUUUUGGGAUGCAAUAAUUAGAAAUCUUCUUGUAUCUCUUGUGCUUUAGUGCUAAGCUAGUUGUAGUUUCUUAGGAAGUGCUUUCCUGAAAUUAUCUUUUCUCAAAGCCACAGAUCAAGAAAGAAAAUGCUCCCAGAGGGGGAAAAACAACGAACUGUCUCCAAGAUGUAUUGUUCUCUUUCUAUUAAUGGAAAUUGCACACCCCCCUUUUCCCCACCCGCAACUCUUCCACAAUUGAUAGGUUAUUUCAGAAAGGCUGUGGAACUGGAAUAAGACAAAUCAAGCAGAGCUGAACAUGUCCUUUCUUUUACGUGGUCAAAUUUUUGCAUAGUAGCAAGCACAGAAAAGAGCUUCUGAUUUUAAAGGCACUCCUGAGAAUUUGAGCAGAAAAAGAAAUGGCAUACAAGAGCUGAAGGUUCAGGCAUGCAUUUCAUUUGAAAUUAAGGAUAACAAAAACUGUGCACAUCCAUGAGAUGUUGAGCAAAAAAACACUCCUCCUUUGCAAAAGCACUGAUGUCAGUACUACAAUGUAUGUGCCUGAUAUUGAUAUAGUCCUGACAUACAGAGCAGAAGAGUAAUAACUUUUUAAUUUCAUUUUAUCCCAUCCUCUGAGGCAUUUCAGGAAAACAAGAAUACAGUAGCUGGGGUGGAGCUGUAGACUUUCCAAAACAUGUGCUAAGGCUGUAUUUGUAUUCCUUUUUUUAAUGAAUAAUUGUAUUUUUUAAAUCAGUAAAUGAAAAUGGUGUAUCACUUAAACUUCAGUAUAGGCAGCUUGAAAUAUAAAAGUCUUCCACAGUAAAUUUCCCCUACAGAAGCAUAUAGUGAUGCCCAAACAAAGAGGACAUUUUAGACUUUGGGCUAGGAUGAAAGGGGAGAAGUCAUUUCAGUUUGUGGCCAAGGUUCUCAGCAUAUCUUGAAGGCCCACAGUUAGGUAUGUUCAAGAGUAUUUUAAGAGCAAUUGUUAUGGGUUGUUUUCGUUUGUUUUUUUGGUUUCUCAGCAUAAUGCAUCUUAGAAAUACUUAUGAUAACUAGUUUGGUAGAGCAUGAGACUCUUAAUUCCAGGGUCAAGGGUUUGAGCCCCACAUUGGGUUAAAAAUUCUUGCAUUGCAAGGGCUUCAACUAGAUGACCCUCAUGGCCCCUUCCAACUCUACAUUUCUACAAUUCUAUCAGGAUUAAUCACGUCACUUGUAACUUGUGCCCAUUAUUGAAGGAAAUAUGAGAACUUUGUCAAUUGAAUAACAAACAGAUGCAACUCAUUGAGGAAGGCCAUAUUGAAUAAUAAUUUUACUAGUCUGUACAGGAACACCACACAAGAACCAAACCAGACUAACACUCCUGGCUAAUGAGAGAGAUUCUAUGGAUCCUGAAUCCACCGUCAUUCAAGCGUUCCCCACUUUGUUUCUCCAGUGGUCUCCAGUUUAAGGGCCUAAGUACCAAUUACAAAAGACCAAAGCUGACUCCAAACCAAAUCAGUAUCCUAAUGAAUUCAACCCAAACCUUGUAACUAAAGUCUUAACAAUUGCCAAGCACUUUCCAUGUCUUACAUAUAUCCUCACAAACUUAUUUUUGCAGUGCAGAACAUUUUGACUGCUCAAAAUCAAUGGCUCACCCCAUACCCUCCAACAUUUCUCUGAUGCAAAUAGGGACGUCCCAUUCCAGAAUGAUAAUUUUACUAUUUAUACCCCAUACAUCUUACUGGGUUGACCCAGCCACUCUGAGCAGCUUCCAACAUAUUUAAAACAUAAUAAAACAUUAAACAACUUCCCUAUACAGGACUGCAUUCAGACGGCUUGGGGACAGAUAACUCCAUGCCCUCUAAGAUUUCUGCAAUGAAAAUAGGGACAUCUUAAGGAAAAGUGGGACAUUCUGGGAUCAAAUCAGAAACCAUGACGGCUUCUCUAAAUCAGGGACAUCGCUGGAAAAUAGGGACACUUUGAGGGUCUGUCAUACGUUCUUCAGAAGUAGAAUGUCUCUGACAGAAGGGUGUGUUGUCAGGAAGUAGAGAACAUGAAAGGAAAGAGACAGGUGUCAGAACUCUGUCACGGUGUGACAAAUUUUAAAUUUAUAACAUAAAAUGCACCUCAGAACUUCAUGGCACAGUUGGAUCAAAUGAAAAAUCAUUGCUUUCUUCAAUCUUGUGUUCUCAAUACAUCAGCCAUCAGAGGACAGGGUUAUAAGUUAAUUUACAAUUGUAACUGAAAUAAUAUUGCUGUUGGGGCAUCUCCCCAACUAAUCAAUGUAUGAGGAAAAAUUGAGCAAUGCUUACCUCUGUUGUUACAUUAAUUUUAUCCUCUAGCAAGCUGAUAUUCCCAUUGUUUCAUGCAUUUAUAUAGGGACAGCAAUAAGGCACAAGUAAUGAGCAUAAAAAGCCUUAAUUUUUCAUUUUCUUCAGCUAGAAAACUGGAAGUUUUGAGGAGGUGGACAUUUACUUCACAAGACAUCUUGUGAUGGCGAUUCAACAAUUGUACAUUUCUCUCUUCUCUUUAUCUUGCACUUUCUGUGAGCAUGCCAUAUAAAAGGUCAAGAGGGAGACAUGCAACAAAAUGUCUCAUUGUUCCUGCACCAUGUUGCAGUCAGUCAGCCACACCUUCCUCCAGAAUCUUCCACUCCUUUCCCUUUCCAACCAUUUCAAUACCAUACCCCCAAAGCCAGACAACAUCUGAUAGCUGCUGAGCACCAAAUGCUGAUCUGUUUUGGGGUUCCCUCCCCAUGGAUUUUCCAUACUUCUGCAGUCUUGGGGUUCCCUCAAGCCACUGAUACCUUCCUCUGGUGUGUGAGCGGUGGUGCCAUUUUUGCUCUAUGAGCAAUGAUACCACUGAACACUGGAAGUAGAGGGGAUAACUGAUCUUUAUUUGGGACAAUUGCAGUUGUUGGCUUUUGCCAGGAUUCUGGUGUCAGUUGUUUCAUGAAUAAGCACAUUGUGCUUCCUAGAUAUUGCACUUUCAAUGUACUUUAUUUAUUUAAUUUAAAAAAUAUUUUUCAUUUUUGCAUUUUACAAUGUUUUAACAACAAAAAUCUAAACAAAUUCAACCUCUAUUUUCUUAAAAUUCCAUCCCCCCUCCCCCCGUGGUUCCUUAUUUUAUGUCAUAUUCUUACUGCAUAACCAAUUCAAAUUUAUUUACAAAUUUCUUCUUUAUGUUCCCUUUUAAUUAUUUCUUACUGCUCGUGUUUAUGUCAAUCCUGCUAACAUUUUCAAUUAUUUACAAUUUGUCUUCAUAUAUCCAAUAAAUUUUCUCCAUUCUGUUAAAAAAAAAGUCUCUCUUCCGUUAAGUUUUGCCAUCUCUGCAUAUUCCAUCAGUUCUAGUUGCCCAUGGUCUUUCUCUGGAACUGCUUCGUCUUUCCUUUUUUUAAAAAAUGUUUUCUGCUUUAUUUCAAUGAGUUCUGCCAGUAAAAGUUUGGAUAUUUUUAUGGGUGUGGACAAUGAGGAGCCGUUUGUUACGCUUCAGAUCUGCAGCACGUUGAGCGCUCGUCCAGAAAAGCUCAGCCCCUCCAGUGCAGCGGGGGAAGCGCCACCAAAGCCCCUUCAGGGCGCGCGGGAGGAGCCAGCCGCCCGCCUUCCCGCCCUCGCCCGCCUCCUGGGGCGCACGCGGCGCUCGCCCCUCCGCAGCCCGCCCAAACGCGCGGCAAUGCCGGGACAGGCGCCGCUCCGGGAAGCGGGAUGCAGGCGCCGCUCCUGCAGCCGACGGCCUUCUCUGCGGGGCUUGAGGCGGCGUCUUGCUCCCCGGCCCCGUUUCUGGGCUGCCUCCUCCGAGCCGGCAGGGCGGCUUCCUGCUUAGGGCCGGGACGGGACUGGGGAAGCACCUGCCGCGCGCCGCCGAGAGGGUGCCGCUUGCCGGGGCUUGAAGCGUCGCAAGCAGCCUGGGCUGGGGAGCGCGCAGCCUCGUCUUUCCAUCUCUGGGCCUAUGCCAUUCAUGCAGCCCUGACAGCAUACAGAAAUAGGGUUUUCCAUGUUCUUUAGGUAUCUCUCCACCAAUUAUACUUAAAAGGAAAGCUGGUUUCUUUUAAAAACAAAUGUUAUUUUCAACAUUUUUCCCAACUCAUUAUAAACCAUUUCCAAGACUUUUGCUAUCUUAAACAACCACUACAUGUGAAAAAAGUAUCUCCCUUUUCUUUACAUUUCCAGCCUGUAUUUGAUUCCACCUUGUACAUUUUAGCCAGCUUACUAGGGUUCUAAUACCAUCUAUACAUCAUUUUCAUAUGAUUUUCUUUUUAACACAUAACACUGUAAAUUUGAAGUCCACAUUCCACAAUCUUUCCCAUGCUGCCAUUUCAAUAUUAUGUCCUAUAUCCAUUGCCCAAUGUAUCAUCAAUUAUUUGACCUGUUAGUACCGGUAGUUUGUUUGCCAUUCUAAUAAUAUUUUAGACAUUACUUUUUGAUUAUUCUUUAGCAGGUCUUUCUCUAACUGAGAGGUUUGAUUUGUAAAACCAUUCCUUUUAUUAACUUAAAUAGUUAAUUAAGUUGAUAAUAUUGUAACCAGCUUGUUAAUAUCACUGUUAUUUCUUCAAACCUCUUUAAUUUAACCCCCAUCUCUGUUAACAAAUCUCUAUACUGUAGGUUAAAGCUACAUUGGUGUUUUAUUUUCCAGCAAGCUUUUUAUAUUUAUCUCAUACUCAUUUACUAAAUUUAUUUUUGCAAGUAUAGCAGAAGAUGUGAAAACUCAACCCCAUAUUGCUUUGUAAAAAGAAGCCAGAACAACAAAUGCACAGAGUGACCAGAGUGAAACAAACAGCCUGCCAAGUGAAAUUUCCACGCAUUGGGGCUGAUCUACAAUCAUGUUAAAUACUGUUAAUGGAAGUGUGUUUUUUAAGAUUGCUUAUAGUGAGGAGUCACAUAUUUGAAUGUCCCCCCAUGUAAAAAAAAAUUGUGCCCAGGAAAAACAAUUACCUCAGGGGAAGAUAUCUAGCAGCGUAGCUUUCCUUUUUUUUCAUCCAAAAGUCAUCUUCCAUCUGCAGUCUGUAACCAAUACAGCUUUGAAAUGAAUUAUUCAUUUUAUUUCUAGAACUUCAAUGUGGUGUCAGACCCACCCACUCUACUCCCUGGUGACCUGGCCUCAGUCCAAACUGGGUCCCCCUGUGACUUCCUUUUCAUGA